UUACGACGGUGUGCUUGCGUAGUUUUCGACACUAUGAGUUGUGAGCAGAACUGCCGUGAAUAGGCUGUUUUUGUUUUGUUUCUUUAGUUGUAAAAACUAAAAAGUCGUUAGUUAUACAAUAAUACGACGAGAGGCAGUGGUAUAUACAACAUUUACAUAUAUUAAUCGAUUUCCCGAAAAAUAGUCCAUUAAGGUCUCGAGUGCAGCUUGAGGCCCGGCGGAUAACGAGCUCCAGCGGCUUCUAAAAAGUUUGUUGUUGUCACGUGACACGAGGCGAACGUGGCUAUAAAAAAGUUUUUCUUUCAAAAUUUAAAAGCAAAUUUCAUUUCAUAUUUAUUUUAGUAGAUAGCUAUUUUAAAGCAUGCCUCAACCGAAAUGCAGGAAGAUCGCCGUGUUGGGAUACAGAUCAGUAGGCAAAUCUUCUCUUACAAUCCAGUUCGUGGAGGGACAGUUUGUAGAUUCUUAUGACCCAACCAUUGAGAACACCUUCAAUAAAAUGGUGUGUCUCAAUGGCCAGGACUUCAAUCUGCAGUUGGUGGACACUGCAGGACAGGAUGAAUACUCCAUUUUCCCUCAGUCUCACUCUGUGGAUAUCCACGGCUAUGUGCUGGUGUACUCUGUCACCUCCAUGAAAAGUUUUGAAGUGAUACAGGCCCUUCAUGAUAAGCUGCUGGACAUGGUUGGGAAAAUACAGGUGCCAACUGUUCUUGUUGGGAACAAAAAGGACCUUCACAUGGAAAGGGUGAUCAAACCCGAGGAGGGGAAGAAGUUGGCAGACUCCUGGGGUGCCGCAUUCAUGGAGUCUUCCGCCAAAGAGAACCAGACCGCUGUGGACGUAUUCAAGAGGAUUAUUUUGGAGAUGGAGAGGGCGGAUGGUAAUGUUACCUCCGAGGAGAAGAAAUGCUCAGUGAUGUAGAGCCCCUGUUGGAAACAGCAGCUGGGCCCCUCUGCAGCAGCCAGGAGACAUCCCCACUGCUCCCCCGCCCAACCCGUUCAUCACCAGCCAACCAAUCACAGCCCACAAUAUCAUAGAACUACCACCAGCCAGCCAAUCACUGUGAACGCUGUACAAGAGCUGACCAAUCCAACACCAGGCUCUCAUCAUGGUAGCCUUUUUACCAGACUGGACCAACCCCCCCCAGUCACCUAAUCAGAGCUAAUUUGCCACUGGAUACAUGACUCUGUCUGCUUGGUUGGAGAGCUUAUCGGAUCCUCCUUGAUUGCAAUAGCCAAGCCCAGGUAGACCUCAGGAAAUCUUGUGUUUUAGGUUUUUGUAGUCCGAACUUAACCCUUGUCAACGCAACAUUGUUUCCAGUUCAUCUUGAAGCAAUCCACAUGACCAAUGUGUUGGGAGUUUGCAUGUUAACUAAUGACUUGGAAAGAACAGCUGACAUUGGUUAACUCAUGUAGCCAAUCUUACCUUUGACACAGAUAGAGGUCACAGAACCAGGGCUCUUGACUCGGAUACUAAGUAUUGGUUAAAUUAUAAUCUAUAUCAAUCAAAAGCUAUUACUCAUCACUUUCAUGUACUUGCAGGCAUAAUGAUGGGUGCCUACGCAUAUGCCCAAUCGAAAAGUAGGCACAGAAUUUUGUUCAUAGAAAGAGACAGUAUUGUAUACAAUUCCUUCCCUGUGGGAUAUACCAGUCGUGUAAAGGAGCAAUGUAUUUCCACUUUUGUCUUUCUAAAUGACAAAAUAUCUUUUUAUCCUUUAGAUUCUGAUAUUCUUGACUUACUUGUUGGUAGGUAGUUUUUCUGGUUAUUUUUUGUAAAAUUAAGAUUGUAGUUUUUUGGAAAUCGCCCCUGAUUUUACAAUUAAGAAAAGCAGAUAAUUUCACUGUAGCAACAUUAGAAAGUCUUGCAAAACUAAAUCACCAAACAUGACAAAAGAGAUGGGGUGUAAUAGAAUCACCAUUGUUGGUUCUUUAGAAACCAAGUAAUUGUAUAUUAAAUUAUGUACAUAAUUAUACAGCUAUUAAAGUAAAUAUCUAGUUAUGCUUUACAGUUUCAGGUAAACUGUUAUGUAUAUUAUUAAAUGGAAAUGGUAAUUGACCUCUUACCCCACCUGCGUCUAGUUUGAUAGACACACAAAUCAGACAGAAUUGUUACAUUUCGUGUCCUGCUUGAAAUGAACUACCUAUUUUUGGUAUUUUUUGUUUUGCUGUGGUUUAUUUUUAAUCAGGAACAGCUCUUGAAUAUUGAAAAAGUGAUUGUUGAUGGUGGAGGGCAGCAUUUGCGCUGGUGAUGUGUUCUGUGCCUUACCCUUGCGCACACACAUGCACACGCACGCACGCACACGCAUGCACACACACGCACACACGCACACACACAACCACACACAUAUACACACAGCUUUCCUCUGUGACUGAAGGUGCAUUCUGGGGUUUCUCUCUGGUGACUUGAACCGGGGACCCGCUGGUAUUGCGCACCUCAAUACCAGCUCCCCCUCCCCCGUCGUCAACACAAAUCUUGCUGUAAACAGUUUUGUAUAUAUAAAUAAAUUCUUUACUCCUUUGAAAGCCUUUCA